UCAAUGAUGACAAGGACAAAAUGGCUGUGAUUCUACUUGAUUUGGAGAAAAGGAACAAAGACGUGGAUAAGUACUUUGAGGAGAUAAUGUCAGAAAAAGUUGUCAUUGAACAGAUGAGGAUUGACAUGAAAAAACAAGAAGAUGAUCUGGAUAAAAGGAUGACAGACAUGAAAAAAGAAGAGUACAAGUGUAGUAUGGCUGUGGCUGACAUAGAUAGACAGAAAGAAUUGAUAGAAGAAAGCUUGGCUAAGAUCAUGAAAGAACAACAUGAUAUUGAGUCAGUAAAGGUUGAUGUGAAAAGACAGAAAGUAGACCUGGGAAACAGGCUGGAGGAGAUUAAAACAGAGAAGGAAAAGAUUGAUAUUAUUAAGGCUGACCUACAGAAAGAGAAAGAAGAGAUUGGAGAAAGCAGAAGAGACGUUGCUUGGCAGAAAGCUGAUGUUGAAAAGCUGAUAACUGAUAUUCAUCAACAAAGAGAAGACCUAAAGAACAAAUUGGAUGAGAUGAGGAAAGAGAAAGACAUGUUACAGAAGAUGCAUCUUGACAUUCAAAAAGAGAAAGAUGAAAUUAACAAAAAUAAAGAAGAGGUGGCAAGGGAGAAGGCUGAGAUUCAGAUGAAUAAGGUUGAGAUACAACAACAGGAAGAAAAGGUGAUGAAUGAGGCAGAGAAAGUGGAAAGGAUGAUGGGUGAGAUAAUCACACAGAAAGAAGAGCUUGAAAUGGAAACUGCAGGAAUACAGACAGAGAAGGACAACAUGACAAAGACUAAGGCUGAUUUGGAGAGAAAAAGCAAAGAUGUGGAUAAACACCUAGAGGAAAUAAUGUUGAAAAAAGCAAGCAUUGAACAUACAAAGGCAGAUUUGAAAAAACAAGAAAAUGCCCUGGAAAGCAGGAUGGCAAACAUAAACAAAGAGGAGGACAGGAUUGAGAUGAUUGUGGCUGACCUUGAAAAACAGAGAGAAAGCCUGAAAAACAGACUGGAAGAGAUGAGAAAAGAGAAUGACACAUUGCAGCAGAUGCGUCUUGACAUUGAGAAAGAGAAGGAUGAAAUGAAAGAAAACAAGGAAAUGGUAACAAGGGAGAAGACUGAGAUUGAAAUGAUCAAGGCUGAGAUACAACAACAGAAUGAAAAGAUUGUGAAGGAAACAGAAAAUCUGGAAAGAAUGAAGGAUGAAAUAGUCCAACAAAAAGAAGAGGUGGAAAUCAUGAUGGCUGAGAUGAAAAAGAAGAAUGAAACACUAAACUUAAUGAAAGCUGACUUUGAGAAACAGAAAAAAGAAAUGGAUAAAACCUGUGAGCAGCUAAAAAUAGACAAGCAAGAUGUUGUGAAGCUGGAUGUCGAUAUAAAGAAACAGAAAGAAGAGCUUGAAUGUAAAAGCAAAGAAAUCAAUGAUGACAAGGACAAAAUGGCUGUGAUUCUACUUGAUUUGGAGAAAAGGAACAAAGACGUGGAUAAGUACUUUGAGGAGAUAAUGUCAGAAAAAGUUGUCAUUGAACAGAUGAGGAUUGACAUGAAAAAACAAGAAGAUGAUCUGGAUAAAAGGAUGACAGACAUGAAAAAAGAAGAGUACAAGUGUAGUAUGGCUGUGGCUGACAUAGAUAGACAGAAAGAAUUGAUAGAAGAAAGCUUGGCUAAGAUCAUGAAAGAACAACAUGAUAUUGAGUCAGUAAAGGUUGAUGUGAAAAGACAGAAAGUAGACCUGGGAAACAGGCUGGAGGAGAUUAAAACAGAGAAGGAAAAGAUUGAUAUUAUUAAGGCUGACCUACAGAAAGAGAAAGAAGAGAUUGGAGAAAGCAGAAGAGACGUUGCUUGGCAGAAAGCUGAUGUUGAAAAGCUGAUAACUGAUAUUCAUCAACAAAGAGAAGACCUAAAGAACAAAUUGGAUGAGAUGAGGAAAGAGAAAGACAUGUUACAGAAGAUGCAUCUUGACAUUCAAAAAGAGAAAGAUGAAAUUAACAAAAAUAAAGAAGAGGUGGCAAGGGAGAAGGCUGAUAUUCAGAUGAAUAAGGUUGAGAUACAACAACAGGAAGAAAAGGUGAUGAAUGAGGCAGAGAAAGUGGAAAGGAUGAUGGGUGAGAUAAUCACACAGAAAGAAGAGCUUGAAAUGGAAACUGCAGGAAUACAGACAGAGAAGGACAACAUGACAAAGACUAAGGCUGAUUUGGAGAGAAAAAGCAAAGAUGUGGAUAAACACCUAGAGGAAAUAAUGUUGAAAAAAGCAAGCAUUGAACAUACAAAGGCAGAUUUGAAAAAACAAGAAAAUGCCCUGGAAAGCAGGAUGGCAAACAUAAACAAAGAGGAGGACAGGAUUGAGAUGAUUGUGGCUGACCUUGAAAAACAGAGAGAAAGCCUGAAAAACAGACUGGAAGAGAUGAGAAAAGAGAAUGACACAUUGCAGCAGAUGCGUCUUGACAUUGAGAAAGAGAAGGAUGAAAUGAAAGAAAACAAGGAAAUGGUAACAAGGGAGAAGACUGAGAUUGAAAUGAUCAAGGCUGAGAUACAACAACAGAAUGAAAAGAUUGUGAAGGAAACAGAAAAUCUGGAAAGAAUGAAGGAUGAAAUAGUCCAACAAAAAGAAGAGGUGGAAAUCAUGAUGGCUGAGAUGAAAAAGAAGAAUGAAACACUAAACUUAAUGAAAGCUGACUUUGAGAAACAGAAAAAAGAAAUGGAUAAAACCUGUGAGCAGCUAAAAAUAGACAAGCAAGAUGUUGAGAAGCUGGAUGUCGAUAUAAAGAAACAGAAAGAAGAGCUUGAAUGUAAAAGCAAAGAAAUCAAUGAUGACAAGGACAAAAUGGCUGUGAUUCUACUUGAUUUGGAGAAAAGGAACAAAGACGUGGAUAAGUACUUUGAGGAGAUAAUGUCAGAAAAAGUUGUCAUUGAACAGAUGAGGAUUGACAUGAAAAAACAAGAAGAUGAUCUGGAUAAAAGGAUGACAGACAUGAAAAAAGAAGAGUACAAGUGUAGUAUGGCUGUGGCUGACAUAGAUAGACAGAAAGAAUUGAUAGAAGAAAGCUUGGCUAAGAUCAUGAAAGAACAACAUGAUAUUGAGUCAGUAAAGGUUGAUGUGAAAAGACAGAAAGUAGACCUGGGAAACAGGCUGGAGGAGAUUAAAACAGAGAAGGAAAAGAUUGAUAUUAUUAAGGCUGACCUACAGAAAGAGAAAGAAGAGAUUGGAGAAAGCAGAAGAGACGUUGCUUGGCAGAAAGCUGAUGUUGAAAAGCUGAUAACUGAUAUUCAUCAACAAAGAGAAGACCUAAAGAACAAAUUGGAUGAGAUGAGGAAAGAGAAAGACAUGUUACAGAAGAUGCAUCUUGACAUUCAAAAAGAGAAAGAUGAAAUUAACAAAAAUAAAGAAGAGGUGGCAAGGGAGAAGGCUGAUAUUCAGAUGAAUAAGGUUGAGAUACAACAACAGGAAGAAAAGGUGAUGAAUGAGGCAGAGAAAGUGGAAAGGAUGAUGGGUGAGAUAAUCACACAGAAAGAAGAGCUUGAAAUGGAAACUGCAGGAAUACAGACAGAGAAGGACAACAUGACAAAGACUAAGGCUGAUUUGGAGAGAAAAAGCAAAGAUGUGGAUAAACACCUAGAGGAAAUAAUGUUGAAAAAAGCAAGCAUUGAACAUACAAAGGCAGAUUUGAAAAAACAAGAAAAUGCCCUGGAAAGCAGGAUGGCAAACAUAAACAAAGAGGAGGACAGGAUUGAGAUGAUUGUGGCUGACCUUGAAAAACAGAGAGAAAGCCUGAAAAACAGACUGGAAGAGAUGAGAAAAGAGAAUGACACAUUGCAGCAGAUGCGUCUUGACAUUGAGAAAGAGAAGGAUGAAAUGAAAGAAAACAAGGAAAUGGUAACAAGGGAGAAGACUGAGAUUGAAAUGAUCAAGGCUGAGAUACAACAACAGAAUGAAAAGAUUGUGAAGGAAACAGAAAAUCUGGAAAGAAUGAAGGAUGAAAUAGUCCAACAAAAAGAAGAGGUGGAAAUCAUGAUGGCUGAGAUGAAAAAGAAGAAUGAAACACUAAACUUAAUGAAAGCUGACUUUGAGAAACAGAAAAAAGAAAUGGAUAAAACCUGUGAGCAGCUAAAAAUAGACAAGCAAGAUGUUGAGAAGCUGGAUGUCGAUAUAAAGAAACAGAAAGAAGAGCUUGAAUGUAAAAGCAAAGAAAUCAAUGAUGACAAGGACAAAAUGGCUGUGAUUCUACUUGAUUUGGAGAAAAGGAACAAAGACGUGGAUAAGUACUUUGAGGAGAUAAUGUCAGAAAAAGUUGUCAUUGAACAGAUGAGGAUUGACAUGAAAAAACAAGAAGAUGAUCUGGAUAAAAGGAUGACAGACAUGAAAAAAGAAGAGUACAAGUGUAGUAUGGCUGUGGCUGACAUAGAUAGACAGAAAGAAUUGAUAGAAGAAAGCUUGGCUAAGAUCAUGAAAGAACAACAUGAUAUUGAGUCAGUAAAGGUUGAUGUGAAAAGACAGAAAGUAGACCUGGGAAACAGGCUGGAGGAGAUUAAAACAGAGAAGGAAAAGAUUGAUAUUAUUAAGGCUGACCUACAGAAAGAGAAAGAAGAGAUUGGAGAAAGCAGAAGAGACGUUGCUUGGCAGAAAGCUGAUGUUGAAAAGCUGAUAACUGAUAUUCAUCAACAAAGAGAAGACCUAAAGAACAAAUUGGAUGAGAUGAGGAAAGAGAAAGACAUGUUACAGAAGAUGCAUCUUGACAUUCAAAAAGAGAAAGAUGAAAUUAACAAAAAUAAAGAAGAGGUGGCAAGGGAGAAGGCUGAUAUUCAGAUGAAUAAGGUUGAGAUACAACAACAGGAAGAAAAGGUGAUGAAUGAGGCAGAGAAAGUGGAAAGGAUGAUGGGUGAGAUAAUCACACAGAAAGAAGAGCUUGAAAUGGAAACUGCAGGAAUACAGACAGAGAAGGACAACAUGACAAAGACUAAGGCUGAUUUGGAGAGAAAAAGCAAAGAUGUGGAUAAACACCUAGAGGAAAUAAUGUUGAAAAAAGCAAGCAUUGAACAUACAAAGGCAGAUUUGAAAAAACAAGAAAAUGCCCUGGAAAGCAGGAUGGCAAACAUAAACAAAGAGGAGGACAGGAUUGAGAUGAUUGUGGCUGACCUUGAAAAACAGAGAGAAAGCCUGAAAAACAGACUGGAAGAGAUGAGAAAAGAGAAUGACACAUUGCAGCAGAUGCGUCUUGACAUUGAGAAAGAGAAGGAUGAAAUGAAAGAAAACAAGGAAAUGGUAACAAGGGAGAAGACUGAGAUUGAAAUGAUCAAGGCUGAGAUACAACAACAGAAUGAAAAGAUUGUGAAGGAAACAGAAAAUCUGGAAAGAAUGAAGGAUGAAAUAGUCCAACAAAAAGAAGAGGUGGAAAUCAUGAUGGCUGAGAUGAAAAAGAAGAAUGAAACACUAAACUUAAUGAAAGCUGACUUUGAGAAACAGAAAAAAGAAAUGGAUAAAACCUGUGAGCAGCUAAAAAUAGACAAGCAAGAUGUUGAGAAGCUGGAUGUCGAUAUAAAGAAACAGAAAGAAGAGCUUGAAUGUAAAAGCAAAGAAAUCAAUGAUGACAAGGACAAAAUGGCUGUGAUUCUACUUGAUUUGGAGAAAAGGAACAAAGACGUGGAUAAGUACUUUGAGGAGAUAAUGUCAGAAAAAGUUGUCAUUGAACAGAUGAGGAUUGACAUGAAAAAACAAGAAGAUGAUCUGGAUAAAAGGAUGACAGACAUGAAAAAAGAAGAGUACAAGUGUAGUAUGGCUGUGGCUGACAUAGAUAGACAGAAAGAAUUGAUAGAAGAAAGCUUGGCUAAGAUCAUGAAAGAACAACAUGAUAUUGAGUCAGUAAAGGUUGAUGUGAAAAGACAGAAAGUAGACCUGGGAAACAGGCUGGAGGAGAUUAAAACAGAGAAGGAAAAGAUUGAUAUUAUUAAGGCUGACCUACAGAAAGAGAAAGAAGAGAUUGGAGAAAGCAGAAGAGACGUUGCUUGGCAGAAAGCUGAUGUUGAAAAGCUGAUAACUGAUAUUCAUCAACAAAGAGAAGACCUAAAGAACAAAUUGGAUGAGAUGAGGAAAGAGAAAGACAUGUUACAGAAGAUGCAUCUUGACAUUCAAAAAGAGAAAGAUGAAAUUAACAAAAAUAAAGAAGAGGUGGCAAGGGAGAAGGCUGAUAUUCAGAUGAAUAAGGUUGAGAUACAACAACAGGAAGAAAAGGUGAUGAAUGAGGCAGAGAAAGUGGAAAGGAUGAUGGGUGAGAUAAUCACACAGAAAGAAGAGCUUGAAAUGGAAACUGCAGGAAUACAGACAGAGAAGGACAACAUGACAAAGACUAAGGCUGAUUUGGAGAGAAAAAGCAAAGAUGUGGAUAAACACCUAGAGGAAAUAAUGUUGAAAAAAGCAAGCAUUGAACAUACAAAGGCAGAUUUGAAAAAACAAGAAAAUGCCCUGGAAAGCAGGAUGGCAAACAUAAACAAAGAGGAGGACAGGAUUGAGAUGAUUGUGGCUGACCUUGAAAAACAGAGAGAAAGCCUGAAAAACAGACUGGAAGAGAUGAGAAAAGAGAAUGACACAUUGCAGCAGAUGCGUCUUGACAUUGAGAAAGAGAAGGAUGAAAUGAAAGAAAACAAGGAAAUGGUAACAAGGGAGAAGACUGAGAUUGAAAUGAUCAAGGCUGAGAUACAACAACAGAAUGAAAAGAUUGUGAAGGAAACAGAAAAUCUGGAAAGAAUGAAGGAUGAAAUAGUCCAACAAAAAGAAGAGGUGGAAAUCAUGAUGGCUGAGAUGAAAAAGAAGAAUGAAACACUAAACUUAAUGAAAGCUGACUUUGAGAAACAGAAAAAAGAAAUGGAUAAAACCUGUGAGCAGCUAAAAAUAGACAAGCAAGAUGUUGAGAAGCUGGAUGUCGAUAUAAAGAAACAGAAAGAAGAGCUUGAAUGUAAAAGCAAAGAAAUCAAUGAUGACAAGGACAAAAUGGCUGUGAUUCUACUUGAUUUGGAGAAAAGGAACAAAGACGUGGAUAAGUACUUUGAGGAGAUAAUGUCAGAAAAAGUUGUCAUUGAACAGAUGAGGAUUGACAUGAAAAAACAAGAAGAUGAUCUGGAUAAAAGGAUGACAGACAUGAAAAAAGAAGAGUACAAGUGUAGUAUGGCUGUGGCUGACAUAGAUAGACAGAAAGAAUUGAUAGAAGAAAGCUUGGCUAAGAUCAUGAAAGAACAACAUGAUAUUGAGUCAGUAAAGGUUGAUGUGAAAAGACAGAAAGUAGACCUGGGAAACAGGCUGGAGGAGAUUAAAACAGAGAAGGAAAAGAUUGAUAUUAUUAAGGCUGACCUACAGAAAGAGAAAGAAGAGAUUGGAGAAAGCAGAAGAGACGUUGCUUGGCAGAAAGCUGAUGUUGAAAAGCUGAUAACUGAUAUUCAUCAACAAAGAGAAGACCUAAAGAACAAAUUGGAUGAGAUGAGGAAAGAGAAAGACAUGUUACAGAAGAUGCAUCUUGACAUUCAAAAAGAGAAAGAUGAAAUUAACAAAAAUAAAGAAGAGGUGGCAAGGGAGAAGGCUGAUAUUCAGAUGAAUAAGGUUGAGAUACAACAACAGGAAGAAAAGGUGAUGAAUGAGGCAGAGAAAGUGGAAAGGAUGAUGGGUGAGAUAAUCACACAGAAAGAAGAGCUUGAAAUGGAAACUGCAGGAAUACAGACAGAGAAGGACAACAUGACAAAGACUAAGGCUGAUUUGGAGAGAAAAAGCAAAGAUGUGGAUAAACACCUAGAGGAAAUAAUGUUGAAAAAAGCAAGCAUUGAACAUACAAAGGCAGAUUUGAAAAAACAAGAAAAUGCCCUGGAAAGCAGGAUGGCAAACAUAAACAAAGAGGAGGACAGGAUUGAGAUGAUUGUGGCUGACCUUGAAAAACAGAGAGAAAGCCUGAAAAACAGACUGGAAGAGAUGAGAAAAGAGAAUGACACAUUGCAGCAGAUGCGUCUUGACAUUGAGAAAGAGAAGGAUGAAAUGAAAGAAAACAAGGAAAUGGUAACAAGGGAGAAGACUGAGAUUGAAAUGAUCAAGGCUGAGAUACAACAACAGAAUGAAAAGAUUGUGAAGGAAACAGAAAAUCUGGAAAGAAUGAAGGAUGAAAUAGUCCAACAAAAAGAAGAGGUGGAAAUCAUGAUGGCUGAGAUGAAAAAGAAGAAUGAAACACUAAACUUAAUGAAAGCUGACUUUGAGAAACAGAAAAAAGAAAUGGAUAAAACCUGUGAGCAGCUAAAAAUAGACAAGCAAGAUGUUGAGAAGCUGGAUGUCGAUAUAAAGAAACAGAAAGAAGAGCUUGAAUGUAAAAGCAAAGAAAUCAAUGAUGACAAGGACAAAAUGGCUGUGAUUCUACUUGAUUUGGAGAAAAGGAACAAAGACGUGGAUAAGUACUUUGAGGAGAUAAUGUCAGAAAAAGUUGUCAUUGAACAGAUGAGGAUUGACAUGAAAAAACAAGAAGAUGAUCUGGAUAAAAGGAUGACAGACAUGAAAAAAGAAGAGUACAAGUGUAGUAUGGCUGUGGCUGACAUAGAUAGACAGAAAGAAUUGAUAGAAGAAAGCUUGGCUAAGAUCAUGAAAGAACAACAUGAUAUUGAGUCAGUAAAGGUUGAUGUGAAAAGACAGAAAGUAGACCUGGGAAACAGGCUGGAGGAGAUUAAAACAGAGAAGGAAAAGAUUGAUAUUAUUAAGGCUGACCUACAGAAAGAGAAAGAAGAGAUUGGAGAAAGCAGAAGAGACGUUGCUUGGCAGAAAGCUGAUGUUGAAAAGCUGAUAACUGAUAUUCAUCAACAAAGAGAAGACCUAAAGAACAAAUUGGAUGAGAUGAGGAAAGAGAAAGACAUGUUACAGAAGAUGCAUCUUGACAUUCAAAAAGAGAAAGAUGAAAUUAACAAAAAUAAAGAAGAGGUGGCAAGGGAGAAGGCUGAUAUUCAGAUGAAUAAGGUUGAGAUACAACAACAGGAAGAAAAGGUGAUGAAUGAGGCAGAGAAAGUGGAAAGGAUGAUGGGUGAGAUAAUCACACAGAAAGAAGAGCUUGAAAUGGAAACUGCAGGAAUACAGACAGAGAAGGACAACAUGACAAAGACUAAGGCUGAUUUGGAGAGAAAAAGCAAAGAUGUGGAUAAACACCUAGAGGAAAUAAUGUUGAAAAAAGCAAGCAUUGAACAUACAAAGGCAGAUUUGAAAAAACAAGAAAAUGCCCUGGAAAGCAGGAUGGCAAACAUAAACAAAGAGGAGGACAGGAUUGAGAUGAUUGUGGCUGACCUUGAAAAACAGAGAGAAAGCCUGAAAAACAGACUGGAAGAGAUGAGAAAAGAGAAUGACACAUUGCAGCAGAUGCGUCUUGACAUUGAGAAAGAGAAGGAUGAAAUGAAAGAAAACAAGGAAAUGGUAACAAGGGAGAAGACUGAGAUUGAAAUGAUCAAGGCUGAGAUACAACAACAGAAUGAAAAGAUUGUGAAGGAAACAGAAAAUCUGGAAAGAAUGAAGGAUGAAAUAGUCCAACAAAAAGAAGAGGUGGAAAUCAUGAUGGCUGAGAUGAAAAAGAAGAAUGAAACACUAAACUUAAUGAAAGCUGACUUUGAGAAACAGAAAAAAGAAAUGGAUAAAACCUGUGAGCAGCUAAAAAUAGACAAGCAAGAUGUUGAGAAGCUGGAUGUCGAUAUAAAGAAACAGAAAGAAGAGCUUGAAUGUAAAAGCAAAGAAAUCAAUGAUGACAAGGACAAAAUGGCUGUGAUUCUACUUGAUUUGGAGAAAAGGAACAAAGACGUGGAUAAGUACUUUGAGGAGAUAAUGUCAGAAAAAGUUGUCAUUGAACAGAUGAGGAUUGACAUGAAAAAACAAGAAGAUGAUCUGGAUAAAAGGAUGACAGACAUGAAAAAAGAAGAGUACAAGUGUAGUAUGGCUGUGGCUGACAUAGAUAGACAGAAAGAAUUGAUAGAAGAAAGCUUGGCUAAGAUCAUGAAAGAACAACAUGAUAUUGAGUCAGUAAAGGUUGAUGUGAAAAGACAGAAAGUAGACCUGGGAAACAGGCUGGAGGAGAUUAAAACAGAGAAGGAAAAGAUUGAUAUUAUUAAGGCUGACCUACAGAAAGAGAAAGAAGAGAUUGGAGAAAGCAGAAGAGACGUUGCUUGGCAGAAAGCUGAUGUUGAAAAGCUGAUAACUGAUAUUCAUCAACAAAGAGAAGACCUAAAGAACAAAUUGGAUGAGAUGAGGAAAGAGAAAGACAUGUUACAGAAGAUGCAUCUUGACAUUCAAAAAGAGAAAGAUGAAAUUAACAAAAAUAAAGAAGAGGUGGCAAGGGAGAAGGCUGAGAUUCAGAUGAUUAAGGUUGAGAUACAACAACAGGAAGAAAAGGUGAUGAAUGAGGCAGAGAAAGUGGAAAGGAUGAUGGGUGAGAUAAUCACACAGAAAGAAGAACUUGAAAUGGAAACUGCAGGAAUACAGACAGAGAAGGACAACAUGACAAAGAUUAAGGCUGAUUUGGAGAAAAAAAGCAAAGAUGUGGAUAAACACCUAGAGGAAAUAAUGUUGAAAAAAGCAAGCAUUGAACAUACAAAGGCAGAUUUGAAAAAACAAGAAAAUGCCCUGGAAAGCAGGAUGGCAAACAUAAACAAAGAGGAGGACAGGAUUGAGAUGAUUGUGGCUGACCUUGAAAAACAGAGAGAAAGCCUGAAAAACAGACUGGAAGAGAUGAGAAAAGAGAAUGACACAUUGCAGCAGAUGUGUCUUGACAUUGAGAAAGAGAAGGAUGAAAUGAAAGAAAACAAGGAAAUGGUAACAAGGGAGAAGACUGAGAUUGAAAUGAUCAAGGCUGAGAUACAACAACAGAAUGAAAAGAUUGUGAAGGAUACAGAAAAUCUGGAAAGAAUGAAGGAUGAAAUAGUCCAACACAAAGAAGAGGUGGAAAUCAUGAUGGCUGAGACGAAAAAGAAGAAUGAAACACUAAACUUAAUGAAAGCUGACUUUGAGAAACAGAAAAAAGAAAUGGAUAAAACCUGUGAACAGCUAAAAAUGGACAAGCAAGAUGUUGAGAAGCUGGAUGCCGAAAUAAAGAAACAGAAAGAAGAGCUUGAAUGUAAAAGGAAAGAAAUCAAUGAUGACCUGGAUAAAAUGGCUGUUAUUGCACUUGAUUUGGAGAAAAAGAGCAACGAUGUUGAUAAAUACCUCAAGGACAUAAUAGUGGAUAAAGAUGCUAUUGAACAGAUGAAAGAAGAUUUGAAAAAACAAGAAAAUGACCUGGACAACAGGAUGAUAGACGUAAAGAAAGAGGAGGGAAAGAUAGCUGUGAUUGUGGCUGGCCUUGAAAGACAGAGAGAAGACUUGAAAAACCAGCUGGAAGAGGUGAGGAGAGAGAAGGAUGAGCUGGAGAUUUCCAUGACUAAUUUGCAGGGAGAAAAAGAAGACAUUGAAAAGAUGUAUCUUGACGUUCAAAAACACAAAGAUGAAAUUAACAACAACAAGGAAGCGAUAACCAGGGAGAAGGCUCAGAUUGAGAUGAUUAAGGCUGAGAUACAAGAACAGAAAGAAAAGAGCAUGAAGGACGCAGAAAAUCUGGAAAAGAUAAAGCAGGAAAUAUUGGAACAGAAAGAAGAGAAUGAAAGAAGAAAUGCGGAGAUGAAGACAGACAAGGACAAACUGGCUAUAAUUAUGGUUGACUUCGAGAAAAAAAAUAAAGUAGUGGAUAAAUAUCUUGAGGAGCUAAUGAUGGAAAAAGAUUGUAUUCAUAAAAUGAAGAAAGAACAAGAAGAUGCACUGGAAAAAAGAAUGAUAGAUAUAGAGAAAGAAGAGAACAGUAUAGCCAUGGUCAUUUCUAACUUGGAAGGACAAAUAUCAGACUUGCAACUCAAGCUUGAAGUGGUGAGGAGAGAAAGGGAUGAUAUGAAGAUCAGCAUAGCCAAGUUACAGGCUGAAAAAGAAGGCCUGGAAAGAAUGAAUGCUGAGAUCUUAAAAGAAAAGGAAACUAUUGACCAACUCAAAGUUGAAAUAGGUUGGCAAAAAGAUGCUCUGGAAAAAAGGAUCGAUGAGAUAAGACAGGAAGUAAUAGAGGUAGCCAUGGUCAUGGCAGACAUAGAAAGACAGAAAACAAUAAUGGAAGAAACCAGAGUAGAGAUCCUGAGAGAAAAACAUGAUGUUGACCAGGCAAAGGUUGAGAUGAAAAGACAGGAAGAGGACAUGGAAAGCAAGCUGGAAGACAUGAGAAAAGAGAAGGAAAUGACAGAUAUCAGUUUGGCUAACUUACAGAAAGAGAAAGAGAAAUUAGAAGAAAACAGGAAAGAGACUGUGUGGCUGAGAGCUGAUCUUGAGAAGGCCAGAGAUGACUUUAAAAAGCAAAAAGAUGAACUGGAAACAAGGAUGGAAGAUGUGCAGAGACAGCUGGAGAAGGUAGAACAGCUUAAUCUCAAGAUUCAGUUCCAGAAUGAUGAAAUUAAAGAAAACAAAGAACAUGUAACACAGGAGAAGGCUGAUAUUGAGAUGAUGAAGGCUGAGAUCCAACAAGAGAAAGAAAAUAUCACGAAAGACAGAGAGAAUAUGGAAAAGAUAAGGGAUGACAUAGUUAAACAAAAAGAAGACCUUGAAACAAAAAUGACAGAGAUCAAAAUAGAGAAGGACAAAAUGACAAAGGUGAUGGUUGAUCGAGAGAAAAAGAACAAAGAAGUAGAUAAACACCGAGAGGAAAUGAAAAGUGAAAAAGAUAGUAUUGAACAAAUUAAAGCAGAUUUGAAAAAACAAGAAGAUGGCCUGGAAAACAGGAUGAUAAACAUCAAGGAAGAGGAGAACAAGAUUGACAUUACAAUUGCUGACCUAGAAAGACAGAGAGAAGACCUGGAAAACAAGCUGGAAGAAGUAAGGAGAGAAAAGGCUGAAAUUGAGAUCAUCAUGGCUGAUUUACAAGGAGAAAAAGAAGAAAUUGAAAGAACUAAAGCUGAGAUUUUAAGGGAAAAGGAAACUAUUGAUAAAAUGAAAGCUAAAAUAGGGAGACAAAAAGAUGACAUUGAAACCAGAAUAAUAGAGACUAGACCAGAGAAGGCCAUGGUAGUGUUGGGUAAAGAAGAACUGAGAGAAGAAAUGGAAGAAAGAAGGACAGACAUCUCAAAAGAAAAAGAUGACAAGUUUGUUGAGGCAGAAAUGGAAAGAGCCAAAGAUGACCUGGAAAAAUCAAUGGAAGAGAUUAGGACAGAGAAGGAAAAGAUGGAUAUCGUUGAGGCUGACAUUCAGAAAGAGAAAGAGAUAAUUGAAGAAAGCAGGAGAGACAUAAUUUUGCAAAAAGCUGAUCUUGACAAGGUCAAAGCUGACAUUAAAAAUCAGAAAGAUGAACUGGAAACAAGGAUGGAAGACAUGAAGAGAGAGAUGGAGAAGUUAGAGCAGAUUCAGCAUGAUAUUCAGAAACAGAAUGAUGAAAUUAAAGAAAACAAGGAAGAAGUAAGACAGGAGAAGGCUGAGAUACAGGAACUGAAAGAAAAGACCAAGAAGGACACCGAAAAUCUGGAAAGAAUGAUGGCUGAAAUAAUAAAACAAAAGGAAGAACUGGAAAUGGAAACUGCAGAGAUACAGACAGAGAAGGACAAAAUGACAAAGGUGAUGGUUGAUCUAGAGAAAAAGAACAAAGAAGUAGAUAAACACCUAGAGGAAAUGAAAAGUGAAAAAGAUAGUAUUGAACAAAUUAAAGCAGAUUUGAAAAAACAAGAAGAUGGCCUGGAAAACAGGAUGUUAAACAUCAAGGAAGAGGAGAACAAGAUUGACAUUACAAUUGCUGAUCUAGAAAGACAGAGAGAAGACCUGGAAAACAAGCUGGAGGAAGUAAGGAGAGAAAAGGCUGAAAUUGAGAUCAUCAUGACUGAUUUACAGGGAGAAAAAGAAGAAAUUGAAAGAACUAAAGCUGAGAUUUUAAGGGAAAAGGAAAGUAUUGAUAAAAUGAAAGCUAAAAUAGGGAGACAAAAAGAUGACAUUGAAACCAGAAUAAUAGAGACUAGACCAGAGAAGGCCAUGGUAGUGUUGGGUAAAGAAGAACUGAGAGAAGAAAUGGAAGAAAGAAGGACAGACAUCUCAAAAGAAAAAGAUGACAAGUUUGUUGAGGCAGAAAUGGAAAGAGCAAAAGAUGACCUGGAAAAAUCAAUGGAAGAGAUUAGGACAGAGAAGGAAAAGAUGGGUAUCGUUGAGGCUGACAUUCAGAAAGAGAAAGAGAUCAUUGAAGAAAGCAGGAGAGACAUAAUUUUGCAGAAAGCUGACCUUGACAAGGUCAAAGCUGACAUUAAAAAUCAGAAAGAUGAACUGGAAACAAGGAUGGAAGACAUGAAGAGAGAGAUGGAGAAGUUAGAGCAGAUUCAGCAUGAUAUUCAGAAACAGAAUGAUGAAAUUAAAGAAAACAAGGAAGAAGUAAGACAGGAGAAGGCUGAGAUACAGGAACUGAAAGAAAAGACCAAGAAGAACACCGAAAAUCUGGAAAGAAUGAUGGCUGAAAUAAUAAAACAAAAGGAAGAACUGGAAAUGGAAACUGCAGAGAUACAGACAGAGAAGGACAAAAUGACAAAGGUGAUGGUUGAUCUAGAGAAAAAGAACAAAGAAGUAGAUAAACACCUAGAGGAAAUGAAAAGUGAAAAAGAUAGCAUUGAACAAAUUAAAGCAGAUUUGAAAAAACAAGAAGAUGGCCUGGAAAACAGGAUGUUAAACAUCAAGGAAGAGGAGAACAAGAUUGACAUUACAAUUGCUGAUCUAGAAAGACAGAGAGAAGACCUGGAAAACAAGCUGGAGGAAGUAAGGAGAGAAAAGGCUGAAAUUGAGAUCAUCAUGACUGAUUUACAGGGAGAAAAAGAAGAAAUUGAAAGAACUAAAGCUGAGAUUUUAAGGGAAAAGGAAAGUAUUGAUAAAAUGAAAGCUAAAAUAGGGAGACAAAAAGAUGACAUUGAAACCAGAAUAAUAGAGACUAGACCAGAGAAGGCCAUGGUAGUGUUGGGUAAAGAAGAACUGAGAGAAGAAAUGGAAGAAAGAAGGACAGACAUCUCAAAAGAAAAAGAUGACAAGUUUGUUGAGGCAGAAAUGGAAAGAGCAAAAGAUGACCUGGAAAAAUCAAUGGAAGAGAUUAGGACAGAGAAGGAAAAGAUGGGUAUCGUUGAGGCUGACAUUCAGACAGAGAAAGAGAUCAUUGAAGAAAGCAGGAGAGACAUAAUUUUGCAGAAAGCUGAUCUUGACAAGGUCAAAGCUGACAUUAAAAAUCAGAAAGAUGAACUGGAAACAAGGAUGGAAGACAUGAAGAGAGAGAUGGAGAAGUUGGAGCAGAUUCAGCAUGAUAUUCAGAAACAGAAUGAUGAAAUUAAAGAAAACAAGGAAGAAGUAAGACAGGAGAAGGCUGAGAUACAGGAACUGAAAGAAAAGACCAAGAAGGACACCGAAAAUCUGGAAAGAAUGAUGGCUGAAAUAAUAAAACAAAAGGAAGAACUGGAAAUGGAAACCGCAGAGAUACAGACAGAGAAGGACAAAAUGACAAAGGUGAUGGUUGAUCUAGAGAAAAAGAACAAAGAAGUAGAUAAACACCUAGAGGAAAUGAAAAGUGAAAAAGAUAGUAUUGAACAAAUUAAAGCAGAUUUGAAAAAACAAGAAGAUGGCCUGGAAAACAGGAUGUUAAACAUCAAGGAAGAGGAGAACAAGAUUGACAUUACAAUUGCUGAUCUAGAAAGACAGAGAGAAGACCUGGAAAACAAGCUGGAGGAAGUAAGGAGAGAAAAGGCUGAAAUUGAGAUCAUCAUGACUGAUUUACAGGGAGAAAAAGAAGAAGUUGAAAGAACUAAAGCUGAGAUUUUAAGGGAAAAGGAAAGUAUUGAUAAAAUGAAAGCUAAAAUAGGGAGACAAAAAGAUGACAUUGAAACCAGAAUAAUAGAGACUAGACCAGAGAAGGCCAUGGUAGUGUUGGGUAAAGAAGAACUGAGAGAAGAAAUGGAAGAAAGAAGGAAAGACAUCUCAAAAGAAAAAGAUGACAAGUUUGUUGAGGCAGAAAUGGAAAGAGCAAAAGAUGACCUGGAAAAAUCAAUGGAAGAGAUUAGGACAGAGAAGGAAAAGAUGGGUAUCGUUGAGGCUGACAUUCAGAAAGAGAAAGAGAUAAUUGAAGAAAGCAGGAGAGACAUAAUGUUGCAAAAAGCUGAUCUUGACAAGGUCAAAGCUGACAUUAAAAAUCAGAAAGAUGAACUGGAAACAAGGAUGGAAGACAUGAAGAGAGAGAUGGAGAAGUUAGAGCAGAUUCAGCAUGAUAUUCAGAAACAGAAUGAUGAAAUUAAAGAAAACAAGGAAGAAGUAAGACAGGAGAAGGCUGAGAUACAGGAACUAAAAGAAAAGACCAAGGACACCGAAAAUCUGGAAAGAAUGAUGGCUGAAAUAAUAAAACAAAAGGAAGAACUGGAAAUGGAAACCGCAGAGAUACAGACAGAGAAGGACAAAAUGACAAAGGUGAUGGUUGAUCUAGAGAAAAAGAACAAAGAAGUAGAUAAACACCUAGAGGAAAUGAAAAGUGAAAAAGAUAGUAUUGAACAAAUUAAAGCAGAUUUGAAAAAACAAGAAGAUGGCCUGGAAAACAGGAUGUUAAACAUCAAGGAAGAGGAGAACAAGAUUGACAUUACAAUUGCUGAUCUAGAAAGACAGAGAGAAGACCUGGAAAACAAGCUGGAGGAAGUAAGGAGAGAAAAGGCUGAAAUUGAGAUCAUCAUGACUGAUUUACAGGGAGAAAAAGAAGAAGUUGAAAGAACUAAAGCUGAGAUUUUAAGGGAAAAGGAAACUAUUGAUAAAAUGAAAGCUAAAAUAGGGAGACAAAAAGAUGACAUUGAAACCAGAAUAAUAGAGACUAGACCAGAGAAGGCCAUGGUAGUGUUGGGUAAAGAAGAACUGAGAGAAGAAAUGGAAGAAAGAAGGAAAGACAUCUCAAAAGAAAAAGAUGACAAGUUUGUUGAGGCAGAAAUGGAAAGAGCAAAAGAUGACCUGGAAAAAUCAAUGGAAGAGAUUAGGACAGAGAAGGAAAAGAUGGGUAUCGUUGAGGCUGACAUUCAGAAAGAGAAAGAGAUAAUUGAAGAAAGCAGGAGAGACAUAAUGUUGCAAAAAGCUGAUCUUGACAAGGUCAAAGCUGACAUUAAAAAUCAGAAAGAUGAACUGGAAACAAGGAUGGAAGACAUGAAGAGAGAGAUGGAGAAGUUAGAGCAGAUUCAGCAUGAUAUUCAGAAACAGAAUGAUGAAAUUAAAGAAAACAAGGAAGAAGUAAGACAGGAGAAGGCUGAGAUACAGGAACUAAAAGAAAAGACCAAGAAGGACACCGAAAAUCUGGAAAGAAUGAUGGCUGAAAUAAUAAAACAAAAGGAAGAACUGGAAAUGGAAACCGCAGAGAUACAGACAGAGAAGGACAAAAUGACAAAGGUGAUGGUUGAUCUAGAGAAAAAGAACAAAGAAGUAGAUAAACACCUAGAGGAAAUGAAAAGUGAAAAAGAUAGUAUUGAACAAAUUAAAGCAGAUUUGAAAAAACAAGAAGAUGGCCUGGAAAACAGGAUGUUAAACAUCAAGGAAGAGGAGAACAAGAUUGACAUUACAAUUGCUGAUCUAGAAAGACAGAGAGAAGACCUGGAAAACAAGCUGGAGGAAGUAAGGAGAGAAAAGGCUGAAAUUGAGAUCAUCAUGACUGAUUUACAGGGAGAAAAAGAAGAAGUUGAAAGAACUAAAGCUGAGAUUUUAAGGGAAAAGGAAACUAUUGAUAAAAUGAAAGCUAAAAUAGGGAGACAAAAAGAUGACAUUGAAACCAGAAUAAUAGAGACUAGACCAGAGAAGGCCAUGGUAGUGUUGGGUAAAGAAGAACUGAGAGAAGAAAUGGAAGAAAGAAGGACAGACAUCUCAAAAGAAAAAGAUGACAAGUUUGUUGAGGCAGAAAUGGAAAGAGCCAAAGAUGACCUGGAAAAAUCAAUGGAAGAGAUUAGGACAGAGAAGGAAAAGAUGGAUAUCGUUGAGGCUGACAUUCAGAAAGAGAAAGAGAUAAUUGAAGAAAGCAGGAGAGACAUAAUUUUGCAAAAAGCUGACCUUGACAAGGUCAAAGCUGACAUUAAAAAUCAGAAAGAUGAACUGGAAACAAGGAUGAAAGACAUGAAGAGAGAGAUGGAGAAGUUAGAGCAGAUUCAGCAUGAUAUUCAGAAACAGAAUGAUGAAAUUAAAGAAAACAAGGAAGAAGUAAGACAGGAGAAGGCUGAGAUACAGGAACUGAAAGAAAAGACCAAGAAGAACACCGAAAAUCUGGAAAGAAUGAUGGCUGAAAUAAUAAAACAAAAGGAAGAACUGGAAAUGGAAACUGCAGAGAUACAGACAGAGAAGGACAAAAUGACAAAGGUGAUGGUUGAUCUAGAGAAAAAGAACAAAGAAGUAGAUAAACACCUAGAGGAAAUGAAAAGUGAAAAAGAUAGCAUUGAACAAAUUAAAGCAGAUUUGAAAAAACAAGAAGAUGGCCUGGAAAACAGGAUGUUAAACAUCAAGGAAGAGGAGAACAAGAUUGACAUUACAAUUGCUGAUCUAGAAAGACAGAGAGAAGACCUGGAAAACAAGCUGGAGGAAGUAAGGAGAGAAAAGGCUGAAAUUGAGAUCAUCAUGACUGAUUUACAGGGAGAAAAAGAAGAAAUUGAAAGAACUAAAGCUGAGAUUUUAAGGGAAAAGGAAAGUAUUGAUAAAAUGAAAGCUAAAAUAGGGAGACAAAAAGAUGACAUUGAAACCAGAAUAAUAGAGACUAGACCAGAGAAGGCCAUGGUAGUGUUGGGUAAAGAAGAACUGAGAGAAGAAAUGGAAGAAAGAAGGACAGACAUCUCAAAAGAAAAAGAUGACAAGUUUGUUGAGGCAGAAAUGGAAAGAGCAAAAGAUGACCUGGAAAAAUCAAUGGAAGAGAUUAGGACAGAGAAGGAAAAGAUGGGUAUCGUUGAGGCUGACAUUCAGAAAGAGAAAGAGAUCAUUGAAGAAAGCAGGAGAGACAUAAUUUUGCAGAAAGCUGAUCUUGACAAGGUCAAAGCUGACAUUAAAAAUCAGAAAGAUGAACUGGAAACAAGGAUGGAAGACAUGAAGAGAGAGAUGGAGAAGUUAGAGCAGAUUCAGCAUGAUAUUCAGAAACAGAAUGAUGAAAUUAAAGAAAACAAGGAAGAAGUAAGACAGGAGAAGGCUGAGAUACAGGAACUAAAAGAAAAGACCAAGAAGGACACCGAAAAUCUGGAAAGAAUGAUGGCUGAAAUAAUAAAACAAAAGGAAGAACUGGAAAUGGAAACCGCAGAGAUACAGACAGAGAAGGACAAAAUGACAAAGGUGAUGGUUGAUCUAGAGAAAAAGAACAAAGAAGUAGAUAAACACCUAGAGGAAAUGAAAAGUGAAAAAGAUAGUAUUGAACAAAUUAAAGCAGAUUUGAAAAAACAAGAAGAUGGCCUGGAAAACAGGAUGUUAAACAUCAAGGAAGAGGAGAACAAGAUUGACAUUACAAUUGCUGAUCUAGAAAGACAGAGAGAAGACCUGGAAAACAAGCUGGAGGAAGUAAGGAGAGAAAAGGCUGAAAUUGAGAUCAUCAUGACUGAUUUACAGGGAGAAAAAGAAGAAGUUGAAAGAACUAAAGCUGAGAUUUUAAGGGAAAAGGAAAGUAUUGAUAAAAUGAAAGCUAAAAUAGGGAGACAAAAAGAUGACAUUGAAACCAGAAUAAUAGAGACUAGACCAGAGAAGGCCAUGGUAGUGUUGGGUAAAGAAGAACUGAGAGAAGAAAUGGAAGAAAGAAGGAAAGACAUCUCAAAAGAAAAAGAUGACAAGUUUGUUGAGGCAGAAAUGGAAAGAGCAAAAGAUGACCUGGAAAAAUCAAUGGAAGAGAUUAGGACAGAGAAGGAAAAGAUGGGUAUCGUUGAGGCUGACAUUCAGAAAGAGAAAGAGAUAAUUGAAGAAAGCAGGAGAGACAUAAUGUUGCAGAAAGCUGACCUUGACAAGGUCAAAGCUGACAUUAAAAAACAGAAAGAUGAACUGGAAACAAGGAUGGAAGACAUGAAGAGAGAGAUGGAGAAGUUAGAGCAGAUUCAGCAUGAUAUUCAGAAACAGAAUGAUGAAAUUAAAGAAAACAAGGAAGAAGUAAGACAGGAGAAGGCUGAGAUACAGGAACUGAAAGAAAAGACCAAGAAGGACACCGAAAAUCUGGAAAGAAUGAUGGCUGAAAUAAUAAAACAAAAGGAAGAACUGGAAAUGGAAACUGCAGAGAUACAGACAGAGAAGGACAAAAUGACAAAGGUGAUGGUUGAUCUAGAGAAAAAGAACAAAGAAGUAGAUAAACACCUAGAGGAAAUGAAAAGUGAAAAAGAUAGUAUUGAACAAAUUAAAGCAGAUUUGAAAAAACAAGAAGAUGGCCUGGAAAACAGGAUGUUAAACAUCAAGGAAGAGGAGAACAAGAUUGACAUUACAAUUGCUGACCUAGAAAGACAGAGAGAAGACAUGGAAAACAAGCUGGAAGAAGUGAGGAGAGAAAAGGCUGAAAUUGAGAUCAUCAUGACUGAUUUACAGGGAGAAAAAGAAGAAGUUGAAAGAACUAAAGCUGAGAUUUUAAGGGAAAAGGAAACUAUUGAUAAAAUGAAAGCUAAAAUAAGGAGACAAAAAGAUGACAUUGAAACCAAAAUAAUAGCGACUAGACCAGAGAAGGCCAUGGUAGUGUUGGGUGAAGAAGAACUGAGAGAAGAAAUGGAAGAAAGAAGGACAGACAUCUCAAAAGAAAAAGAUGACAAGUUUGUUGAGGCAGAAAUGGAAAGAGCAAAAGAUGACCUGGAAAAAUCAAUGGAAGAGAUUAGGACAGAGAAGGAAAAGAUGGGUAUCGUUGAGGCUGACAUUCAGAAAGAGAAAGAGAUAAUUGAAGAAAGCAGGAGAGACAUAAUUUUGCAGAAAGCUGAUCUUGACAAGGUCAAAGCUGACAUUAAAAAUCAGAAAGAUGAACUAGAAAUAAGGACGGAAGACAUGAAGAGAGAGAUGGAGAAGUUAGAGCAGAUUCAGCAUGAUAUUCAGAAACAGAAUGAUGAAAUUAAAGAAAACAAGGAAGAAGUAAGACAGGAGAAGGCUGAGAUACAGGAACUGAAAGAAAAGACCAUGAAGGACGCCGAAAAUCUGGAAAGAAUGAUGGCUGAAAUAAUAAAACAAAAGGAAGAACUGGAAAUGGAAACUGCAGAGAUACAGACAGAGAAGGACAAAAUGACAAAGAUGAUGGUUGAUCUUGAGAAAAAGAACAAAGAUAUCUUGGAAAUUAAGUGGGAAGAGCUUAGGAAAGAGAAAGAAAAUAUUGAUAUCACUGUAGCCAACUUAGAGAAACAGAAAGAAGAAACUGAACAAAUAAGGAAAGACAUGAUGAAGGAGAAACGUUACAUUGAACAGAUCAAGUUAGAGUUAGAAAGGCAGAAAGAAGACAGUAUUGAACACAGACAAGUAGCUAAAAGGACAGCGGUUGAAACCAUUGAGUCACAGUCACAGACUGCAGAAGAAGAUUGGGAGAAAAGAAAAGAUGAAUCUGUUAAAGAAGUGAUGGAGCACUUUAUGGAAAAAAUAAUGAGAGAAAAGGAUCACUUAGAACUCACUAAAUCUCAGAUAAGCAGGCAGAAAUUUGAAAUUGACAGUAGAAUAGAAUUGGCAAAGAGGGAGAAGGCUGAUUUGCUGAAAUUGAAUGAAGACAUUGAACAAAAAAGGCAAGAGGCAAUGAGAGAGAAGUAUAAGAUGGAAGAAAUAAAAGCUGAGAUACAGAGACAGAAAGAGGACUUAGAAAAGAGGAUUGAAGAAGCAUGUCAGGUGGAAGAGAUGAAAGGUCCACUGCUGAGAGCAAUCCAAGAAUUAGAACAAUGCAGGAAAGAAAUACAGAGAGUAAAACAAGAAAUGGAACAGAGCACAGAAGAGAGGAGGUGGGAAAUAGAAAAAAUGGAACUCCUGAAGAUUGAGAUAAGGACAUUAAAGGAGCAGCUGAAUGAACAAAGAGAUGUUAUUGUAAAGAAAGGGUUAAAACAUGGAGCUGGAAUGCAGACAGAUAUGGAAGAUCUAGAACAUACCAAAUCUCUGAUAAUACCCAUUGAGGAAAUUGAAAGCACUGGAGAGGACACAGACAAUUACAGAGAGCUGGAAGGCAGACUGGAAAAGACAGCAAGAGAAAAGGAUAAGAUGGUGCUUUUGGAAACUGAGAAAAUAAGUGAGAGAGCAGCUCAGGAGCGACCUCAGGAUGAGACCAUCAGAAAAGAGCAACUUGUCCAGGUCAAGACAGAGGGUAAAAUGGGCAAAAGACAGGAGGAGGAACCAAAAGAAGAACCAGAGCAGAGAUCUGAUUUACAAAGACAGAGGGAAGAGCUGGAACAGAGAGCUGAUUUACAGAGAGAGAGGGAAGAGCUCGAAAAGAUGAAGAUUGAGAUAAAGACAACCAAGGACUUGCUGAGGAGAAGAGAAGAGGAACUGGAGAAACUAAAGGAAAAGAUGACCAAAAGCACAGAGAAACCAAAGGAGGAAAAUGAAAUCAAGGGACUAAAUGAAAAGAUGAAAAUAGAAAUGGAGCAACUAAAGGAUGAGAAGAACAUGGAGAAAGGGAAGCUAAUGGAAUUUAAGGACAAACCAAAAAAGACACUGAAAGAAGAGCAAGAGGAGGUAGCACUGGGGUGGUUCAAAGAAGAUUUGCACAGACCAAUGGACAGAUCAACUGAGAAACUGCAUUUGUCUAAAGGACACUCUUUCCUGGGCCAAAUCACAAGAAAGAGAGAUGCUCAACAAGGACUGCAGGGUGAGACCCUGAGAGAAGACCAAAGUCUUGACCAGGUCAGGAAAGAGAUAGAUCAGGAAGAGAGGGGGAAAAGACAGGUGGAGGACCAGAAGGAAGAGCUAGAGCAGAGACCAGAUUUCCAGAGAGCGAUGGAAGAGUUGGAACAGAGCCUUGAUUUCCAGAGACAGAAGAAAGAGCUGGAACAGAGACCUGAUUUACAGAAAGAGAUGGAAGAGUUGGAACAGAGACCUGACUCACAGAAAGAGAUGGAAGAGUUGGAACAGAGACCUGACUUACAGAGAGCGAUGGAAGAGUUGGAACAGAGACCUGACUUACAGAGAGCGAUGGAAGAGUUGGAACAGAGCCUUGAUUUCCAGAGAGAGAUGGAAGAGCUGGAACAGAGACCUGAUUUACAGAAAGAGAUGGAAGAGUUGGAACCAAGUCUUGAUUUCCUGAGAGAGAUGGAAGAGCUUGAACAGAGACCUGGUUUUUGGAGAGAGAUAGGAGAGUUGCAACAGAGACCUGAUUUACAGAGAGAGAAGGAAGGGCUGGAACAGAGACCUGAUUUACAGAGAGAGAAGGAAGAGCUGGAACAGAGAUAUGGUUUCCUGAGAGAGAGUCAAGAGCUGGAACAAAGACCUGAUUUACAGAGAGAGAGUCAAGAGCUGGAACAGAGAUCUGAUUUCCUGAGAGAGAUGGAAGAGCUGGAACAGAGACCUGGUUUACAGAAAGAGAUGGAAGAGUUGGAACAGAGACCUGACUCACAGAAAGAGAUGGAAGAGUUGGAACAGAGACCUGACUUACAGAGAGCGAUGGAAGAGUUGGAACAGAGACCUGACUUACAGAGAGCGAUGGAAGAGUUGGAACAGAGCCUUGAUUUCCAGAGAGAGAUGGAAGAGCUGGAACAGAGACCUGAUUUACAGAAAGAGAUGGAAGAGUUGGAACCAAGUCUUGAUUUCCUGAGAGAGAUGGAAGAGCUUGAACAGAGACCUGGUUUUUGGAGAGAGAUAGGAGAGUUGCAACAGAGACCUGAUUUACAGAGAGAGAAGGAAGAGCUGGAACAGAGACCUGAUUUACAGAGAGAGAAGGAAGAGCUGGAACAGAGAUAUGGUUUCCUGAGAGAGAGUCAAGAGCUGGAACAAAGACCUGAUUUACAGAGAGAGAGUCAAGAGCUGGAACAGAGAUCUGAUUUCCUGAGAGAGAUGGAAGAGCUGGAACAGAGACCUGGUUUACAGAAAGAGAUGGAAGAGUUGGAACAGAGACCUGACUUACAGAGAGAGAUGGAAGAGUUGGAACCAAGCCUUGAUUUACAGAGAGAGAGUCAAGAGCUGGAACAGAGAUCUGAUUUCCAGAGAGAGAUGGAAGAGCUGGAACAGAGACCUGGUUUACAGAAAGAGAUGGAAGAGUUGGAACAGAGACCUGACUUACAGAGAGAGAUGGAAGAGUUGGAACCAAGCCUUGAUUUACAGAGAGAGAGUGAAGAGCUGGAACAGAGACCUGGUUUACAGAGAGAGAUGGAAGAGUUGGAACCAAGCCUUGAUAUUCUGAGAGAGAUGGAAGAGCUGGAACAGAGACCUGACUUACGGAGAGAGACAGAAGAGAUGGAACAGAGACCUGAUUUACAGAGAGAGAAGGAAGAGCUGGAACAGAGAUAUGGUUUCCUGAGAGAGAGUCAAGAGCUGGAACAAAGACCUGAUUUACAGAGAGAGAGUCAAGAGCUGGAACAGAGAUCUGGUUUACAGAGAGAGAGGGAAGUGCUGGAACAGAGACUUGAUUUACGGAGAGAGACAGAAGAGCUGGAAAGGAUUAAGAUUGAAAUACAAAUAACCAAGGACAUGUUGAGAAGAAGGGAAGAGGAGGUGCAAAAUCUGAAGGAAAAGAUGGCCAGAGACAUAGAGAAACUGAAGGAGGAAAAGGAAACAGAAAUUGCAAGACUAAAGGAAGAUCAGAUAAGAGGGAUGGAACAACUCAAUAAUGAGAAGGACCUGGAGGAAGAGAGGCUAAAGGAAAGGAAAAAGACACUGAAGGAGGAGAAAGAAGAAGAAACACACAGACAGAUGGACACACCUUCUGAUGAACUGGUACUUACAUCUACCACAGAAUAUCUCACUCGAUCUCAGCAACACAUGGUUCGAGGGAUGGUUGACAGUAGCACACAGACAGUUCGAGGUCGUCGGAGGUUCAGAAGAGUGUUGGGUUGGCUCAGGCAAUGCUGCUGUCAGAGAGAGCCUGAACAAUUGGAAUGAGAUAUAUGAUGUGUGUGUGUGUGUGUGUGUGUGUGUGUGUGUGCACAUCUGUGUACAUGAUUGUGUGUGUGGUUUAGACAAUGGAAGAAAUGUAUUAUGUUGGUACUGUAACUCCUGGAUUCAAUCAAAAGUGGUCUUAAUUGAAUGCACAUUCAUUGUAUUUACAUACAUACUGAAAUACAAUGUUCAUUUAAACCAAUCUCACAAUAUAUGGUAAUACAAUUAUAUUAAUUAAAGCUAUGUAUGUACAGUACAGUAAAAUAAAAAAGUACAGUUUAAAUAGAUAAAUUUGACUACAGACAUUGAUGAUGUACCUGAUUAACACCAAUGAAGAUAAUCAUCUUCACAUACAUAUUUUUUGUUACUUUUUAUCAAGUGACCUAUGCUUGACUUUGUAGCUUAUACAUUUUGAAAAUGAACUUGAUUGAGCAGUCCAUUACAAAUGCGUAGCAUCAUUCAUUUUGGUGAAAUUCGGAAAUGCAGAUAUGAGAAAGCAAACCUUAAUUUUCAGUGAUUUUUCUUAUUUCUUUUUUUCCAGCUUUUGCCUGAAGGACAUUCUUUCCUGAGUCGAAACAUGUGGAGAUUAGCCAGAGUAUUUUGUCAAUGCUGGAUAUUUCUUUUAUUUGUUUUUGUUUUGUCUGUAUACAUUCUUGAAUUGCUCUGAGCACAAAGCCUUAUUUGUAAUAUUAAAUAGUAAAUAAAUAAAAAACAGAAUUUUAAAGAGUUAAAGAAAAUAAAUGUCAAUAAAAUAAAUGUUUACUCCA